GGUGUGAUCGUGCCACGGAUGAAUGCAGCAGAGGACCGAAUUCGUUACCCGAAGUUAAUCACUGCAAAACUUUGAUUUAUCAACGCGUUGAGCCCAUAACAUCCCAGUAGCUAUUACUCCGGAUCCCAAGCCCCUUGGUCCACAUAUAGGAUCGGGACGUGAUACCCUCAGAUAACACUGAAGGUGAUGUCCCACUCUGGGGACCCUCGCGCAGAGAAAUGUUCUCUCAAGCACAAGCAGCAAGACCCGCUGAAACCGGACCACUGCUAUCACCGGCACCCCCUUCCGCUGACCCAAAUGGGCCUGCAGGGGUACGUGAGGAGUAUAAUUUGCCAUUUCAACUGCCAGAUCUGUGGCGAAGGGGCCGAAGAGCCUCGCCGAACGAGCGCCGUCGUCUCCGGACACCAGGCGGCCUGUCACACUGAACGGAUUUCGAAUAAGAAAGAUCUCGACAAGCCAGCCAGGAGAACGGACCAGGAUCAGCACAAGUAUGCAGGAACCCCGAGCUCGAUCCCUGAGCCUCAGUCCAACUCCAGAAGCACUGACGACGCCCCCCCGCCCCUACCUCCGCGGUUACCACUUCCUAAGGAUGAAUCCAGAAGCUGUAAUUCCACCCGUCAACACCAAGAUGAAGAACAGGAGGCAGACUUGGUGAAAGUGAGACGACCAGCUGGCAGGAGCCUUAAACGGAUGUCCACUGAUUGGGAAUCCCAGCUUCAGGAUGAGCCUCUGUACCAGACGUACCGCACUGCAGUCAUCACAAAGGAGAUCAAGCAGCAGACAGUAUAUUGUCCCAAUGGACUAGGUGCCGACGACCCCAGCCAGCGGUGGUCCAGGGGCGAUGGGAAAACACUGUGGCAGGAGUUGCCCACUGUGCGGAAAAGCGGCGUCCUCACGCAUCUCAGCCCGGGGGAGUGCAAGCACCAGGAGAGCAUGUUUGAGGUGCUGACGUCGGAGGCUUCGUACCUGCGCUCCCUCCGUGUCCUCAUCGAGCACUUCAUGGAGUCUCGUGACCUGGACGAGACGCUCGUCAUUCGCGACAGGAAGACACUCUUCUCCAACAUUGUGCGAGUGCGGGAGGUCAGCAAGAGGUUCUUGAGCGACCUGGAGGAGCGUGUGGACGAGGGCCCGGUGAUCACCGACAUCUGUGACAUCAUCCACCAGCACGCCCUGCACGGCUUCCCGGUCUAUGUGGACUAUGUACGCAACCAGGCAUACCAGGAGAAGAUCUACACCUACCUGCUGCAGAGGAAUGCGCAGUUUGCUGCAGUGAUGUCACGGCUGCAGGAGUCUGCAUGCUGCCAGCGUCUGCCCUUUGUUUCAUUCCUGCUGUUACCCUUCCAGCGAAUCACACGGAUCAAGAUGCUGACUGAGAACAUUCUGAAGAGAACCAAAGAAGGAUCAAAGCAGGAGAGGACGGCUUCCGAGGCACUCGCCUGUGUGUCUAAAAUUGUGAAGGAGUGCAACACACAGGUGGGCAAGAUGAAGCAGAUGGAGGAGCUCAUACAUAUGGCCAAGUCUCUGGAUUUCAACAAGCUCAGGGCUGUUCCUGUCAUCUCUCAGGCCCGCUACCUUGAGAAACGGGGGGAACUGCAGGAGCUGUCCAAAGGGGGCACCAUCUUCAGCCUCCGCUCCAAGUUCGUCUCCAUAUGCCUGUUCCUCUUCAAUGACCUCCUGAUCAUCACCAAUAAGAGGAGCAACAGCACUGACCGCUACAGCGUGAUCGACCACGCCCAUCGCUCACUGGUUCAGGUCCAGUCAGUCAACAAGGACCGCCAACGCUCAACGCUAAAAAAUAGUUUUUUCCUCAUACUUUUGGAGAACCACAAGGGUCAGACGAUCAAGCGCUUCAUGAAGGCUCCUACAGAGUCAGAUAUGCACAGGUGGAUGGCGGCAUUUCCAAACCCCACAACACCAAAACAGGAAGAGGAGGUUAUAUAUGAAGACUGGGACUGCCCACAGGUGCAGUGCGUGGACCAGUACACGGCCCAGCAGGCCGACGAGCUGAACCUCGAACCCACUGACAUCAUCAACGUCCUACGGAAGACCAACGAAGGAUGGUACGAGGGCAUCCGCCUCUCCGACGGCGAGUCCGGCUGGUUCCCCUCGGCAAAUGUGCAGGAGAUCACGAACGAGCACGUGCGGCGGCGUAACCUGCGCGAGCAGUACCGGGUGGCGCAGGCCAGGGUGCAGGGAGCGACCCUGCAAAGGCACAACUGCGGGAACCAGGAAGUAGGGGCAGGGCAGGGGAUUCAUGAAACCACAGUGCCUGAUGGACUCCACGGAGCAGGCUGUGGCUCCCGGUGCCAGUUCUGAGCAACUCGGAGUCCUUACCGACUUCACAGGAAACGUCUGGAGUUUGGGAUCGAGAAGCAGAACCUUCAGAUCGAAAAACUUAAGUCCUGGAUUACGACACAGAAUGAUGUAUAAAUGAGGACACCGUCUGUAUCUGAGGCUGGGAUUUCCUCUCAGCCUGCAGGAAGGCCAGAACUUUCUCACUCACAGCCCACAAACUCUGGCUGUGCACCAGCCAUCCUGACAGGCCAAGCGGUAGCCAAGCCGCUGGAAGUGGGUUUGGCUGCUUGGUAGAAGCACGCCCCCUAGCUGUAACGACGAACUAUACCAUCCACAGCUGGCAAUUCCUACGAUAUUUUUAUACAGUGCCUUUCCCGAUGUGGUUGUCCCAAACCACGUAAUAAAAUUCAUUUACAAACUGAAA